CGGCGCGCCUCCCACUUAAUCUGGGCACGGCCUCUGGCCACUCCCUCCACUUCUCUCUGCCGCCUCCCCAUUGCGCACCCCCAAAAUUCUCCACCUCCAGCCCGCAGCCCCCUUGCUCCGCCUCGGCUCCAAGACCUUGGGAGCAUCACUUGCUUAACCCCUAACCCUGGAGCCUCGCCCACCUGCCCCACAGGCGCGCAGCCCUUUCUUGCCUCCUGGGCACGACGCCCAGGUCGGAAGGACAUUGCCUGGUGAGUUGAAGGGGAGGUGGGACGAGGGCGGGACCUGAGCCACUUCUUCCCUCCCUUGGAGCCACAGUCAAAAAGCCUCGGUGGGGAGGGACGGACAGCGCGGCUGAGCCCUACAAAAUCCGCCCCCGACCGGUUGGCAAGCCGUGCUUCACAGCCGGACUCUGCAGCCGGAGCCACGCAAGGGACGCGGUCGCCGGGGAGCCUGCGGGUACUCUCAGCGGGCGCUCAUCAUGUGCCCCCGGACGGCGGCGCGGAGGCUGCCCGCGCUCCUGCUGCCGCUUUUGCUGGUGCUUGUGCUGGUGCUUUCAGCGGCCGUGCCCACCUCGGGCAAGGGCUGUGUCUGUAAGGGCAAAGGCCCGUGCUUCUGUGAUGGGACCAAAGGAGAGAAGGGGGAGAAAGGCUUUCCCGGACCCCCUGGGUCUCCCGGCCAGAAGGGAUUCCCAGGUCCCGAAGGCUCGCCCGGACCACAGGGACCCAAGGGCUCUCGAGGACUUCCAGGCCCCACUGGCCCCAAAGGUGUCAGGGGAAUAACUGGAUUACCAGGGUUUUCAGGUCCCCCUGGACUGCCAGGAAUCCCAGGCUAUCCCGGACCUUACGGCCUCCCGGGUUUACCAGGAUGCAAUGGCUCGAAGGGUGAGCGAGGAGUUCCGGGAUUUCCAGGGAUGCCAGGCUACCCAGGGGUGCCGGGUGCCGCUGGUUUAAAAGGAGAAAAGGGUGCUCCUGCGGAAGGAGGAGACAUAGAACUUGAUGGAAAAGGUGACCCCGGGUUGCCAGGAGCUCCAGGAUUACAGGGUUGGCCGGGACUCCCAGGCUUUCCCGGACCUGUCGGCCCACCUGGCCCUCCUGGAUUCUUCGGCUUGCCAGGAACCAUGGGGCCUCCGGGGCUUAAGGGUCACAUGGGUGAUAAUGUGAUCGGACAGAAAGGAGAGCGGGGUGCAAAAGGAUUAAGAGGACCCCCUGGACUACCAGGCACCGUGACAGUCACACUGAUCGGCCCAGACAACAGGACGGACCUCAAGGGGGAGAAGGGAGACCAGGGAGACCAGGGCAGAGCCGGACCUCCAGGGCCCUCGGGACCCCCUGGAGACUCCAUCGGAUCAGAAAAAGGUGCCCCUGGAGAACCUGGCCCACCGGGGAAGCCCGGAAAAGACGGCUCCCCCGGGUUCCCUGCCACAGAGGGAGCCAAAGGCAACAGGGGCGUGCCUGGGUUCGCGGGUGAAGAUGGCCUCAAGGGGCGGAAAGGGGACGUUGGCCCUCCAGGAUUGCGUGGUCCAACAGAAUAUUACGAUGCGUACCAGAUAAAGGGAGACGAGGGGAUGCCAGGCCCUCCAGGGCCCAAAGGAGCUCCUGGCCCACCAGGUCCCAGUGGCCCUCCCGGAGACCCUGGAAGGCCUGGGUUAUCAAAGCCUGGCCUCAGAGGACCCCCGGGACCACCGGGCAUGAAAGGAAGAAAAGGGGAGCAAGGACCCCCAGGGAAGGAUGCAGUGGGACUUCCCGGGUCCCCAGGUUGUCCUGGUUCACCAGGCCCUCCCGGGCCGCCGGGACCCCCAGGACCACCAGGUGGCAUCAUUUUUCACAAAGGCCUGCCUGGGGACGUUGGACGUCCCGGCCCCGUGGGGCCUCCAGGAAUCCCAGGUGUUGACGGGCAGAAAGGGGAACCGGGCCUCUUGUGCACAGAGUGUCCUUAUGUCCCAGGGCCUCCGGGCGUCCCAGGACCGCCGGGGUUAGACGGCAUGAAAGGAGUCCCAGGACAACGCGGGGCAGCUGGCAUGAAAGGAAGCCCGGGAUCCCCAGGGAGUGCGGGUCCCCCAGGAUUUCCAGGGUUCCCGGGUGCUCAGGGUGACCCAGGACUCAAAGGAGAAAAAGGUGAAGCACCCCCGCCAGUUGGACAAGUAGGUGACCCGGGGGACCCGGGGCCCGGAGGGCAGCCUGGAUUAAGGGGCUUGGAUGGCGUUCCUGGGACCCCUGGAGCGAAAGGAUCACCAGGACCUAAAGGCGAACCGGCCCUCCGUGGUGAGAAGGGGGACCAGGGUCCUCCAGGGGACCCUGGCAUCCCUGGGUCCCCAGGACCCGUAGGACCAGCUGGCCCACCAGGCUACGGACCGCAAGGAGAGCCUGGUCCAAAGGGCGCCCAAGGAGUUCCUGGAGCCCGUGGACCACCUGGAGAAGCCGGCCCUAGAGGAGAAGUCGGUGUUUCAACUCCAGUCCCCGGGCCCCCGGGGCCUCCGGGGCCCCCAGGCCGUGCCGGUCCCCAAGGUCCACCUGGUUUCCCUGGACCCCAAGGACCAUAUGGCGACCCCGGUGUUCCCGGGCCUGACGGCGAUCCAGGACUUCCAGGAGUUGGAUUCCCUGGGCCCCCUGGACCCAAGGGAGACCGAGGUUUUCCAGGAAGGAAAGGAUCGCCAGGUCGCCCUGGAGAAGCGGGGAAGCCGGGGGCACCUGGAGAGCCGGGCCGGCCAGGAGCCAAGGGAGAACCAGGACUAGCCAUGCCUGGAGAACCAGGAACACCAGGUUUUCCAGGAGAAAGAGGCAAUUCUGGGGAAAAUGGAGAAAUUGGACUCCCUGGAUUUCCAGGUCUCCCUGGAAUUCCAGGAACUGGAGGGCUUGAUGGACCACGAGGGGACCGAGGGCCGCCUGGCCCUCCUGGAGAAAAAGGACUCCCCGGAAGAUGCAUAGAGGGUCCCAAGGGAGACCCAGGACUUCCAGGCUUAAAUGGAUUGAAAGGGCAACAAGGCAGAAAAGGCGAAACAGGGCUGAAAGGAGACCCAGGGAUUCCGGGCAUGGAUAGGUCAGGCCUUCCUGGAGAACCUGGCCCACCAGGAAUGCCAGGUCAUCGAGGCGAGAUGGGACCACCUGGUCAAAAAGGAUACCCAGGAAAUCGAGGAUCUUUAGGGCCACCAGGUGAACGAGGAGUGGCUGGGAUGAUGGGCUUUCCUGGCAACAUCGGCCUCCCGGGGCCUCCUGGGAGCCCGGGCCCCCCGGGACAGAGGGGUAGCCUUGGAAUUCCAGGAGCAAAGGGGGAGAGAGGACCCCCAGGAGCCAAGGGGGACAAAGGCUCUAAAGGCCCCCCCGGGCCGUCUCAGAUAUCCCACCUCCUGGGGGACAAAGGAGAACCAGGCCUCAAAGGAUUCGCAGGGCGGCUGGGUGAGAAAGGAGACAGAGGCGUCCCCGGACUCCCGGGCUUGGAAGGGCUCAAAGGGCCGCCUGGCCCACCGGGACCACCAGGCCCCCGCGGAGAGCCUGGAAGCCCUGGGAAUCCUGGAGAGGAAGGACCCCGUGGUCUGCCGGGAAGCAUGGGCAACAUGGGGUUGCCAGGACCCAAAGGAAAGAGGGGGACUUUGGGACUGCCAGGUCUACCUGGAAGACCAGGCCUCCCAGGUAUCCAUGGUCUCGAAGGAGAUAAGGGAGAGCCAGGUUAUUCAGAAGGUGCAAGGCCAGGAGCACCAGGACCAAAGGGAGAACCAGGAUUGCCAGGUGACACGGGGAAGAAAGGAGAAAGAGGGCCACCCGGCCCGCCCGGAUACCCGGGGCCUGCCAGACCUGACGGAGCCCCUGGAAGUCCCGGAAGCCCCGGGCCCCCAGGAGACCCGGGUCCGGAUGGCGAGCUGGGGGCUAAAGGCGUGAAAGGCUUCCCUGGAUGUCCAGGCACCAAAGGCCCUCCAGGCCCCCCAGGGUUCCCGGGAGAUCCUGGACCGAUGGGCAUGAGAGGUGACCAAGGGCGCGAUGGGAUUCCUGGUCCAACAGGAGAAAAGGGAGAAACGGGGUUGCUGGGAGCACUUCCAGGCCAGAAAGGGAGACCUGGAGCUCCAGGAGCCAAAGGAGACAGAGGAGCCCCCGGCUUGCCCGGCCUCCCCGGCAGGAAAGGGAUGGCGGGCGAUGUCGGGCCACCGGGGCCCACGGGAAUGGCAGGGUUCCCGGGGCCGCCAGGGGAACCUGGCGAGAUCCUCCCUGGCCAAAAAGGAAACCGAGGUCCCCCAGGCUCACGAGGAAACCCAGGCGAGCCCGGCUGGCCGGGACCUCCAGGCAGACACGUGGAAGGCAUAAAAGGAGAGAAGGGGUCUAUAGGCAAGCCUGGCCCAAGAGGCCCACCUGGACCUGCAGGGGACGCAGGGCCACUGGGUCCUCCGGGAGCACCAGGAACUCCGGGUCUGCCGGGGCUCAGAGGUGAUCCUGGGUUCCCAGGAUUCCCAGGCACGAAAGGAGAGAAGGGUAAUCCAGGACUUCUGGGACCGACUGGACCUCCAGGGCAAACGGGGCCCAAAGGACCACCAGGUGCGCCUGGGGACCCCGGCACAGUCACGGUCAUCUCCCUUCCAGGAAGCCCAGGGCCGCCGGGCCCGGCGGGACCACCAGGGACACCGGGAGAACCUGGGCCACCAGGGCCAGCGGGGAAACCAGGACCCUGUGGGCCAAGAGGGAAGCCAGGCAAGGACGGAAACCCAGGAAUGCCUGGGCCACCUGGAGAAAAAGGCAACAAAGGUCGUAAAGGAGAGCAAGGACUACCUGGAUUCAACGGGCUGCCGGGUCCGAAGGGGAAGCCGGGUGAUGCGGGACCGCCUGCCGCCGGUCCCACCGUGCGAGGCUUCAUCUUCAGCCGGCACAGCCAGAGCACAGCCGUUCCCUCCUGUCCGGAAGGGACGGAGCCGCUCUACAGCGGGUAUUCGCUUCUCUUCGUGCAAGGCAACGAGCAAGCUCUCGGACAAGACCUGGGAACUCUUGGAAGCUGCCUACAGCGAUUUACCACAAUGCCAUUCUUAUUCUGUAACAUCAACGAUGUAUGUAACUUCGCGUCUCGAAAUGAUUAUUCAUACUGGCUGUCAACAGCAGCUCUGAUGCCAAUGGACAUGGCUCCAAUUACUGGCAGAGCCCUGGAGCCUUAUAUUAGCAGAUGCACCGUCUGUGAAGGUCCUGCAAUUGCCAUAGCCAUUCACAGCCAAACCACUGACAUUCCUGCAUGUCCCCAUGGCUGGAUUUCUCUUUGGAAAGGAUUUUCUUUCAUCAUGUUCACAAGUGCAGGUUCUGAGGGCGCUGGGCAAGCACUGGCAUCCCCUGGAUCCUGCCUGGAAGAAUUCCGAGCCAGCCCGUUCAUAGAAUGCCAUGGAAGAGGAACAUGCAACUACUAUUCAAAUUCCUACAGUUUCUGGUUGGCUUCAUUAAACCCAGAAAGAAUGUUCAGAAAACCUAUCCCAUCCACUGUGAAAGCCGGGGAGUUAGAGAAGAUAAUAAGUCGCUGCCGGGUGUGCAUGAAGAGAAGACAAUGAAGACAUCGAAGGCAACAGACCUGUCCUUUUUCAUCCUAAAUAACAAGUAACGAUGCAGAGCAAGCAUUGACGUGUUUUUCUCUAACCAACAAUACCUCUCUAUGAUGGCUUGGUACAAAGUUUCUGUUUCCCCAUACACCAAACAUUUCUUUUAAGUUCGUUCUGUGAUCCUGCUCUCUACAUCUGUCUCAAAGUUCUCUAAGGCAAGACAGCAGAGUUUUCACAAAGUAUCCCUGAAAUUGUAUUCUACUUGUAUCCAACACGCUGUCUACAUGGUGACUAUAUAAAGUCUGAUGAUACAAGUGAAGACCUAUUCGGCCCAUUACAUCUCCAAGACUUGCCCCUUUUAUUUCAGUCUUUGAGACUCAGAGAGGCUAUUUUAGUUUUAGAAUGCCCCGCCACCUACUUCCUAAGACUUUAGAUCCUAAGCAGACGAGAUGCAGGGAAGAAGACACGCAUCAUUCAUAAAACUGGACUUUUGGAUCUGUUAAUUAACCUAAGGCUGGAGGGAACCGUUAUUAAACUGGGGUUCAGGGAUUUUCUAGGGCUCUUUGAAACAUAUGCAAUACUAAGGCUAAAAGAGAGGUUCCCUGAAUGGAAUCACAAUAGCCUUGGAAACACUGUAUGGUUUUGUUUAUUUUUUAAGUCUUUUGGUUCAUCCAUUGAAUUCAUGUCACUGCAGCAACAGAGCCUGCUUGUAUUCCGCAUAGGUACAACUUUUACCCUUAGUGAAUUAGUUUUAAUAGAGUUUUUACACACAUACUCAGAACUGGGUCUAAUUUUAGCUGUUCUUUUACCAGCGCACCCACACAGACAACAAGAGAACAAGUUACUAGAUGUGGGUGUGUACUUUGUCCCCAUCCAUAUAAAUGCUGGUGCAUAUAAUUGGGUAGUUCAAUAAUCCAUGAAAGAACUCGAGGCAUUUGUUGGCUAAUGAGGCUCCGAAUAUUUUUCCUUUGCUUGACAUACUCCAUUCAACUUGGAUAUUUAGAAACUCCCUUGUUACUUCCCUAAUUCUUCUUUGGUAAAAACAUGUUUUUCAAACCAUAUUUAGAAAGUCCACCGUGUAAAAAUCUUAAUGUACAAAUUGUAUAGCUUGCCAGCUGUGUCUUAAAACUUUCUUUUCAGUGUGGUUGACACAUUCCCAGGGUUACUUAAUUCAACUUCAUAAGUAUUUUAUUCAGCACCAAGCCGUACCCCAGGCACUGUACUAAAUUACAGAAAUGCUGGGGGGUGGGACUUGUUUCUGAUGUAAUAUCCUGGAAAAAGUAACUUACUGUUCCUGUUAGGAACCCCACACAGUGAAGUUGUUUUUCCCCUUUUCUUCCUUUAUCUCUGUCCUAAUAUUUCAUCAUUAAUUCAACAGCCCUCAAUAAGGGUUUAAAAAUAAGAUCUAUGCCCAGGAUUUCUAGCUUCUCCUAGGCUAGCUUUUUCUAGGCACCACAGAUCUUGGUUUGGACAAUGUUAAGAAACCAAAGCUCUGCAAAACAUUAAAAACGAUUUAUACUUCAUGGCAGCACUAUGGAUGAGUCUCAGAAGCCAGGCAUCCUACGAAAAAGCUCUGAAGAUGUUUCCCGACCCACCUAGGCAGAGGUGGUGGUGCUGAUGUUUAAAUUCAGGUUUUACUGCUUCGAUCUCAGUUACCCUGGAAGAGAAGAGGUGGCCCCAGAGGACAGCGCAGACUGUGACCACGGCCCACUGUCUCCACUGCUCAUGUGACGGCCGUCAAGCCACUUUUACGUUUCAACUAAGAAGCACGUUUUACUGAGAUUAUUUAUACUCGCCUAAUAGUAAGACUUUUUGCUCUAAAAAUGCCCUACUGUCCCCAUUGUACUGCAAUGCCACAGAGGGCUGACAGAUUCCCCACAAACCCUCUAUAGACUGGUAGUCCCCCAAGUGUGGUCCCUGGACCAGCGGCUGAGGGGUACCCUGUCCGUGGAGUCCUCCUGGUUGUGGAUGAAAUAAACGGGCCUGCACACAAUCUUUGAACUUAAACACCUGGUUUAUACCAACAGGGCUAGAGCAAAGCAAAGCAAGCUUUGUUCAAAGGGUGCGCUGCAUUCUUCAGCCUGACUUCCCACGGGAACCCUCGGUGCUAGCAUCCGGUCAUGCCUGCCCCCUGCACUCCCGGUUUUCCGGUCAAGUCUCACAGGCCCCUUUCAAGGCCUAGCCUGCACGGUGCUACAGUCUCCGACACCACACCAAGCAGUCCCCAUGCAGCAGCAUCUGGGAACUUGUCACAAAUCCAAAUUCUAAGGCCAACCCCACACCGACAGAAUCAGAAACUCCGGGGGUAAGGUCCAGAGUUUUAACAAGCCUCCUCUCCCCCCGUGAUUCCCAAUGCACGGUAAAGACUGAGAAAAAC